AUGCCGUUGUUUUCAAAGAAAAUACUACCUACUGAAAUCACUGCCGACAUUGAAAGGGCAACUAACCCUAAUACUACCGAGUUGGACUGGUCGAUUGCAUUCAAGCUGUGUGAAAGUGUAAACAAGACAGACCUGGGAGCCAAAGAGGCUAGAAAACUGCUACAGAAGAAGAUGUUGUCUCGCGAGCCAAACACCCAACUACUUGCACUUGAGUUGUUGAAUGCCUUGUCAGAGAAUUGCAAAGAAAAGUUCAAAAGUCAGUUGAGUGCAAAGUCUUUUGGUGAGAAUCUGGAGACAUUAGCCAAUUCAAAGCAUGGAGAUGAUCGAGUACAUGGAAAAUUGGUUCAAUGCCUGCAGAAUUGGAUGGCAGAAUUUGGAAGAGAUCCUGCGUUUGUAGCUAUACACCGUGUAUAUGAUAAUACACUAGAUGCGUCUAUUGGACAAUACACAGCCCAAAGACCAAGACAGGGUCCUAAUCAUCACCAUUCCGAACGCAGAGAGCAGGUCAAGGCUGCUGAUCCCAAGACUGACUGCGAACUUGCCAAGAACAGUGCACAGCUGUUCUCUCAGACACUGUCAUUCACUGACCCAACUCAAGAGGAUAUUACGAAGAAUCAGCUAAUUCAAGAAUUUUAUGCUAAAUGUCAGUCAUACCAAACCAUAAUGUCCAGUCACCUCCAGACCUGUGAAGACCCCGACGUCAUCUCUGAAUUGUUGGAGGCCAAUAAUGAGCUUGUGAAUUGCUUCAAGACAUAUGAUGAUAUGUUGGAACGCAAGGCAAUGACAGAGGCCACUUUUAAUUCCCAAAAUCUCAACCACCGAAAUACACAGGACGCGUUGCCAAGCAGGGAUACCGAGGCCGGGGGCAGUAGACCCAUAGAACAUUCGAAUCCGUUUGAUGGGUUCAGCAAGAGUGUGACUUUGGAUCCCUUUGAUCCCUUUGCUGAUUCACAGCAAGUUGACGAUGGGCCAGCAAGAUCAAAUGAUACAGGUGGUAAAGACAAAAGUGGCGCCGUUAACCUGCCCCCACCAUUGACACCUCAGAAAUUACACAACUGA